AUGAGUCCUCGUCAUGUUAUGGCUUGCACCCUCAUAUUCACAGCCUGCGACCUUACUGUGUCCUCCCUGCUGUACAUCUGUAGCUGUAAAAAGGCAAGUAUUACCCAAGACAUAGCACACUUUAACAUAUUUCAUUCUCUGCUGGAUGUCUGGGGAACCUCUUUCUUGAGAGCCUCCAUAUGUCUUGGAGCAUUAUUAGGAGUAGCAUGGAAUCGGGUGAACGGUCCUCAGAGGCUGCAGGCGUCCCUAAUGCCUAUGACCUUGGUGUGCUAUCUCAUUGCCUCCUAUGCCAUGAUUAAGCUGUUGCUGUUCUCUGAGGAAGAGAAGCCUGUUCAAGAUCCUUGGUUCUGGAGCCUUCUGGUGUGGACAUGGGUAUCGUCGGCUGUCACGCUCUUAACAUGGAGACAAAUGGGUGAGAUGACCCUUUGCAGACAGGAGGGAAGAUCCUAUUCUGAAGUGUUUGAGGAUCAGGAGGGCAGACAAAAAACGGAUACAGAAAGUCAGAUAUCAGGAGCAACCGUAGGAAGAUUAUUAUCUUAUUCGAAACAGGAUUCUGGGUAUUUGUUGAUUGCAUUUCUCUUCUUGCUUUUAUGCACAUUAGGAGAAAUUUUCAGCCCAUAUUACACAGGACUGGUCAUAGAUGGUAUUGUCGUACACAGAAGUUUAAAGCAGUUUUCCAACGCGGUUGUAAUACUAGCCGUCCUGGCUGUGGGAAGCUCAUUUUCUGCAGGGGUGCGAGGUGGCCUUUUUACUUUUACAUUUGCAAGGCUAAAUAUCCGAAUUCGCAAUCUACUCUUUCGCUCCCUAGUGUCGCAGGAGAUUGCCUUCUUUGAUGAGAAUCACACAGGUGACAUCCUUUCUCGACUAACUUCUGAUACAACAAUUGUGAGUGAUAUGGUUUCUGAAAAUGUUAAUAUCUUCCUGCGCAGCGUUGUCAAAGCUAUGGGAGUUAUAGUCUUCAUGUUCAGCCUGUCCUGGCAGCUUUCAGUGCUGACCUUCUUGGGAUUUCCCAUCAUCAUGUUGGUUUCCAGGGUGUACGGCAGAUAUUACAAGAAACUUUCCAAAGAAGUUCAGACCGCUUUAGCAAAGGCCAACAGCACUGCAGAAGAGACCAUUUCUGCCAUCAAAACUGUCCGCAGUUUUGCCAAUGAAGAGACAGAGGCUAAUGUGUAUAGUGAAAAACUGCAGCAAGUUUACGCUCUGUACAAAAAGGAAGCUGUCGCUCAUACUUACUAUGUGUGGUCUACUGGGUUUACCCAGUUAGUUUUACAGAUUAGUAUUCUGUACUAUGGUGGACACCUUGUGAUAUCCGGACAGACGACAAGCGGUAAUCUGAUAUCCUUUGUAAUUUAUGAAUUUCUACUGGGUGACUGUAUGGAGUCUAUUGGAUCAGUAUAUGGAGGGCUAAUGCAAGGUGCUGGUGCUGCAGAAAAAGUAUUUGAGUUCAUAGAUCGCAAACCAACAAUGGUUAACCAUGGAACCUAUGCUCCCGAACAUAUGGAAGAGAAGGUAGAAUUCCGAAAUGUUACUUUCUCAUAUCCUACCCGUCCAGCAGCACAAGUACUAAAGAAUCUGUCCUUCACACUGCAUCCUGGUAAAGUGACUGCAUUGGUGGGUCCAUCUGGUAGCGGGAAAAGCUCUUGUGUGAACCUCCUGGAAAACUUUUACCCUGCGCAGGAAGGAGAAGUCGUUCUUGAUGAUAAGGAAAUUAAAAUGUAUGACCACAAAUACCUGCAUGCAAGGGUUUCAAUGGUUAGCCAGGAACCUGUGCUAUUUGCCCGUUCCAUUCACCAUAAUAUUUCUUAUGGUCUAAGUUCUGUCCCUCUGGAAGUAAUUACAAGUGCUGCCAAGAGAGCCAAUGCCCAUAAUUUUAUCAUGGAGCUUCAGGAUGGGUAUGACACAGAAACUGGAGAGAAGGGAGCACAGCUCUCAGGGGGUCAGAAGCAGAGAGUUGCUAUUGCUAGGUCUUUAAUCCGGAACCCUAGGGUGCUUAUUUUGGAUGAAGCUACCAGUGCACUAGAUUCAGAGAGUGAGCAUGCGAUCCAGCAAGCGAUGAACAGCCAUCUCCAGGAGCGCACAGUGUUAAUAAUAGCACACAGGCUGAGCACUGUGGAGAAAGCACACAACAUCAUUGUUUUAGACGGAGGCAGAGUGGUGCAGCAAGGGACUCACAAAGAGCUGAUGGAAGAAGGCGGACUGUAUUCCCAGCUUGUCCAGCGUCAAGUUUCUGGUUUUGGAGCAGAAGAGAAAGAUCAUACCAGUUCACUGCAUGUUCCCCCAAAAGAGUCAGAAAUAUCUGAACCAGCCAGUGUACUGGCAUAGGGAAACAGACUGUAUUUUUGGACCGUAUUCAAUCUGCAUUUUUAGCGGCAUUCAUUACUAUGAAGCUGCGAAAAAUGCAGACGGCACACACGUCAUCCGUGUGCUGUCUGCAUCCGUGUGGCCAUGCUGCAAAUUAUAUUCCUAUAUUCCUGUCCGUUUUGCG